AUGAAUUCAAAACAACAACAAUCACAAAGUAAUAAUAGCAUCAAUCAUCAUCAAAACAGUCAUCAAUACAACAUCAAUAAUAAUAAUAAUAAUAAUAAUGAUGAUGAUGAUUCAAACAAACAUAUGAACAAUCAAGAUAGCUCUUCAACUUCAACAUCUAUACCUCCCCUGACCUUGAUCAUUGAAUCAUUAAAGAGUAGUGGUAGUAAUGGUAGUAGUAGUCGUAAUUUAACAUCAAUUAUAACAUCACUUGGUCAUUUAAAACAAUACUUUACAAGUCUAUCUUCUUUGGAUCAAAAAGUAACAAUAACAUACAAUGUUAUAUUGGAUCUAUUAUUGAAUGAUGUCUAUCAUCAUUGGUAUUAUGCUUUAACUGAUAGUGAUAGGAAUACAUUUGAUUGGAUGUUUACAAGUAAUGAUCUGUAUCUAUUGGAUUCAUUUCUAUUCCUUUCAUUUAGUUUGUCAAAAAGAGAUAGUAAUCGUGAUAGUAGUGAUGAUAGUGAUAGAGGAGUAAUCAUCAAUCAACAAUUAUACUAUGAAUAUCUCUUAAGAAUACUAUCAACAUUUAAUCAAAAGAGAUUAUUACAAAAAGUAUUCAAUACGUUGGAUCAAAGUGGUGGUGUUGGUGGUGGUGGUGGUAAUUCUAUAGAGUUGUUGGUACAAUCUAUAUCUACCAUUCCAGACAAAGUUAGAAAUAUUCAAUUUAAAUCAAAAGUUUCAAACAAUGUACAUUGUUUUCAACACUUUGAAUCAAACCUUUAUUUUGAUAGAUUAUUUAAAGAUAUUAUUAAAGAAUUAUCAAUUAUCAACAACAACAACAAUAACAAGACAACCAACAAUUCACAACAACCAAUCAUCAUUAUUGAACAAUUCUUAUCUUUAUUGAUUUCUAAAUUAUUAAAUAUUGGUUAUAUUGAUAAUGUAAUUGAAUUAUUUGUAAUUCCAUUUAUUCAAGAAAAGAAAAAUAUACAAUUAUUUACAAAGAUUAUGAUCAAUAUGUAUGGUAGUCAAAUUGAUAAAUUUCAAACAAAACUUGUCUAUAAUUUAUAUAAAUAUAAUGAAAAUGUAUAUAAUAAUUUAAUAAUUGUAUUAAAGGAAAUUUGGUAUCAACAACCAACAUCAAUGAUUAUAUUCCAAUUAACAAACAAAUUAUUGGUAAAACAAUAUCCAAACAAUUUAAUGUCACAUAAUUAUUUCCUAAAUCUUUUAUUUUCAAUUUCAGAAAAUGAAAAAUUAAAUAUUGAAACGGUUAGAGAAUUUAAUUUAUCAUCAUUAUUUGUAAAAGGAAUAGAAACUCAUUUAAAGAGUACUAUUCCACUUGUAAAUAUUCAAGGAAUGGUAUUGUCUGAAAAAAUAUCUAAAUUUUUAACUGUAUCUGGUGAUUCAAAUGGUUUGGUUUUUGAUCAUCUUUCAAAAAAAGAUAGAGAAUCUAUUAAUUUAGAUUUUAAUUUGGUAUAUCAAGAAGAAGAAGAACAAAAGAAGAAAGAAUCAGAAAUCAUGAUUACACCUAUAGAUAAGAAAAUACAAUAUCAAUUAGAAUUGGAAAAAGAAUUUAGUCAAUAUGAUGAUCCAAAUAUGUUGGUUAGUUUAGAUAAUCAAGAUGAUGAAGAAGAAGAAGAAGAAAUAGGAAGACCUAAAAUUGAAGAAAUCAAUGAUGAUGAUGAAAAAGAAAUCAAUGAUCCAGAUUAUCUUAAACCAUAUAAUCUAAAUGAUGAUGAAUCUGAUCUUAAACAAGUAAAAAAGAAAUUAUAUUUAAUGGAUUGUUUAAUGGAAUUUCAAACAAAUAAACAUACACCAGAAUCAUGGGAAAGUGCACUUACAUCGAUAUCAUCAAUUGUUUGGAAUAGUAAACCAGAUGAUUUGGAUGAAUUUAGUGUACCAUUGACACGAUCAUUGUUGCAUCUUGCCAAUGAAUAUGGUUUGGAGAAUUUUGAAGUGAUUGUCCAAGAAUCAAUAGUGGCAUUGGCAAUUCAUUCUACUGGUCCAGUGGUAGAUUAUUUAACUAGUACAUUUAGUAAACCAAACUAUAGUAUUGGUCAAAGAUUAACUAUUCUAUCAACAUUGAUAGAUACUGCCAAAUAUCUAUCAAAUUAUGAUAGUAGAGUUGUAAACCAAUUAGAUCAACAAAGAAAACAAUUACAACAAGAUUUACAAUCAUCAAACAAAUUUAUAAUUGACCCAAAUAAUAACAGUAAUAAUAAUAAUAAUAACGUGAUUGGAACAAUAAUUAGAAAAAGAGAAAUUAGAUCGGAUAGAGUGACAAAAUGUAGUACAAUGGAUUUAAUUGGUUUGGAUCAUCAUUUAUUCUCUCGGUUAAUACAUGCACUUGGAUUGUUUAUUGAUUGUGCAGGUAAUUCACCAAGUACAAGAUCAAUGUCUAGAGAAUUGAUUCAUUUUAUUUGGCCCUAUCGUUAUCAAGAGGAUCAAUCCAUUAAAAGAGCUAUUUUAUUUUCAAUCUCUAGAGUAUUUUAUUUACUAGACAAGGAUAUAAUAACUUCUGAUUAUCAAGAUGAAUUGGAAGAAAUUAUUCAAUAUUUAAUUUGUAUUAAUAUCUAA